AUGGCUCAACAACCUUAUCUCACAUCUCAUUCCUAUAAUUCCUCAUUAAAAGCUUCAUGCCAAUCCCUCAAGAUCAAAACUCAUGUAGAAGCUUACAUUCUAAGACAUGUGUGCCGCAUCGUCCGAGCUUUAUCAAGUGCGAAAUCCUUCCUUUUGGAGCUAUUGAGCUUAACAACUUCGACCACCAACAAGAACUCGAGCAACUAUAUCACGAAGAUGAAUAAGAGAAAGAAGAUAAAAAGGGUGCUAAAGUCUAUCACCAUGUGGUGUAAUUGGCCUUCCUCGCACGUAAUUCCGAUGCCCGAGCUUGCGGCGAGCUUCAGAGGUCAUAAUGCCAUAAGCCAAACAUACUAUGAUUCAACAUGGAACUCGAUUGUUAUCGUCGAUGACAAUGAUGAUGGAUUAGAGAGACAACUCUCUGGCUACCUCCAAUGGCUUGAAGAAAAUGAAUUGGGCGGCAACCACGGUGAUGAUACAAUUGAAAUUGAUCGACUUGCCGAGAAGUUCAUCGCAAGCUGCCAUGAGAAGUUCAGGUUGGAGAAGCAAGAGUCUUAUAGGAGGUACCAAGAAAUGCUUGCAAGAAGCAUGUGA